CCUCCCGUGACACCCAGCGCGGCAGCGACCGCCUCCCGCUUCAGCGGCACAUCCUGCGGCGGGGUGGGGGCGCGGCAGCCCCGUCCAGAUCCGACCCGAUCCGACCCGAUCCGACUCGGUCUGAUCCGAUCCGACCCGAUCCGAAUCGGUCUGAUCCGAAUCGGUCCGGUCUGACCCGAUCCGGUCGGAUCUAUCCCGCCCCGCCCCGCCGCCAUUCCCUCCCGCCCGCCCGCUGGCUCUUGCUACAGAAGACCACUUGAGCACAGGUUCUUUGUGUGGGUGGGUUCCUGUACUGCUAACGAUCCACUGGGUUUCAUCACAUGUUUUUUAGUAUAAACUCAGCUGUGGGAUUGGAGCUYCUGUGAGCAGUGGCUCCCAGCAGAGCCCUUCGGAGUUUGCUGAGGUUUGAGAGAGGCUUGGAGCCUGCAUGGAGCAAACARUGAGCCCCUGAAGCCACAGCUGCUCCCAAUGUGCUCUGAUAUCCCUCUGGAGAAGGAAGAUGCCCAAGAAAGGAGGGAAGCACACUGACCUGGGAAAGGAAACACAGGCACAGUGUAAACGGCCCAAGCUGGAAGCAGAUGCUUCUCCGUCGGUCCUGAGUUUUGACAGCCCAGACAGCCUGUUCAGGAGCUUGAUCUCUCCCAUCGAAGAAGAGGUGUUUUUCAGGGAGUACUGGGAGCAAAAGCCACUGCUUGUUCAGAGAAAUGAUGCCCUGUUGGCUGCUUACUACCAGUCCCUGUUCCAGCUGUUGGACUUGAAGGAGCUGUGCAGCCAGGGCCUGUUCUAUGGGCGAGAUGUCAAUGUUUGCAGGUGUGUGAAUGGAAAAAAGAAGGUUUUAAAUAAAGAAGGUAGAGUGAAUUACAUGCAGCUGAAGAAGGAUUUYGACCAGAAAAAGGCAACAAUACAGUUUCAUCAGCCUCAGAGAUUUAAGGAGGAGCUGUGGAAGAUUCAGGAGAAGCUGGAGUGCUACUUUGGGUCUCUGGUGGGGUCCAAUGUUUACAUCACUCCCCAGGGGUCUCAGGGCCUUCCCCCUCACUACGAUGAUGUUGAGGUGUUUAUCCUUCAGCUGGAAGGAGAGAAGCACUGGCGCCUCUACAAACCAACAGUGCCUUUGGCUCGGGAGUAUAAUGUUGAGUCAGAAGACAGGAUUGGGAAUCCCACACAUGAGUUCAUAUUAAAGCCAGGUGACUUACUGUACUUCCCAAGGGGGACUAUUCACCAGGCUGACACUCCUCAUGGCAACUCCCAUUCAACACACGUGACURUCAGCACCUACCAGAACAACUCUUGGGGAGAUUUCUUACUGGAUGCAAUUCCUGGCCUUGUGUUUGAUACAGCAAAAGAGGACGUGUCGCUGCGGACAAGCAUUCCAAGGCAACUGCUCAUGCAGGUGAAUACAGCUGACUGCACCAAAAAGCUGAGCAGCCUUUUGAGAAGGCUUGCAGACCGUCUGGAGAACUCCAGGGAACUGAGAUCUUCGGACAUGAAGAAGGAUUUCAUUAUGCACCGGUUGCCACCGUGCUUGGGAUGUGGCACCGAUGCUUUGACUCCAGGUGGGAAAUUACCAAAAAUAGAUAGCAAAAUCAGACUGCAGUUUAGAGACCAUACUAUCAUCAGUGUGGAACCAGAUCAAGAGAAUGCUGAUGAAAUUCGCAGGGAGAUGGUUUAUGUGUAUCAUUCCUUAAAGAACAGGAGAGAAACUCACAUGAUGGGGACAGAGGAUGACAUUGCCAGUGAGAAUGGACUGGCACAGCAGACUCAUGGGCUGCGGUUCCCUUUGUCAUACUUGGAUGCACUGAAGCAGAUCUGGAGUAGCAGCACUGUUAAUGUUAAAGAGCUUAACCUUACCUCAGAUGAAGAAAAAGAAAACCUUGCCUUGUCACUGUGGACUGAAUGUCUGAUUGAAGUUCUUUGAUGCUUUUGUGAAUUAGCUGCUCCUCUAACGAGUAUUUCUGGCUACUAAGCAUCUCUUGAGAGCAAGGCUUAUUAAAUUAGGUUUUUUUUUAUCCA